AUGUUGCAACUGAGGACGAGACUUCUCGAACGAAUCAAGAACGCCAUGAAGAAGACUUCCAGGAACCCGUCCGGAGAGACGUACGCAGACCGACUGGAAUGGGAAGCCCAACCUCGAAAGCAGAAGCAACGCCCAAAGAAGGAGCUCAGUCGCCUGAGACGCGGCAAAAGUUUUCUCCAGUUCCCCAGAAAGAAGGCCCGUCAGACGAAGGAGAGUCAGAUCAUUCGCCGAGCAGGUUUCCGGAACUGUCUGGUGCUCAAGUGCCAAAGGGACAAGAGCAAGAGCACGAGCCAACAGCACGAACCGAAGAACAAAAGCGGACUGAAGUGGUUAUGGAAGAAGAUCCUGCGCCUGCCGACGCCAAGGGUGCACAUGAUGAAGACAUACCCACCCGCCGUCGCAUCGAUAGCUCAAGCGGGCCCUUCGAAGAUGACAAUGCCUGGAUCAACAGCACGGUUGACCUCUCGCGCUCAAAGACCAUCCCAAGAACAUCCACCGGACAUGAAGGUGAUCGAAGACUUUCAGGUGCAAACCCAGAAGAAGCGCAAAUCGCACGAGCAAACACUCGUCGUGCAACCUUAG